AUGCAAUUUGCUCACUCAGGGAUCGAUCGCUCCGCACUAAUGCUGAGAUCUUUCGGCAUCGAGGCGGCGUUCCUCGCCUUCUUUGUCGCCAUCCUCGGCACCAUUCCACAGGCCAUAUUCAAGCGUGCUUGCGCUGUGAUGCUGCUGGCCGCAUUGACAUAUGCGAUGGAAAACUCGAUUGUACCUCUGUGCAGGUCUCGACCUCACUGGGCUGCAACCGCAGCUUCGCUGCUUUGGGUGCAAUUCCUCAGUGCCUCGAAAAUCAUAGUGGUGUCUCGAGUUCAGAUGGCUCAAGUGGCUCCUAGACACCGAUCCGCUCUCGCCCGGGCCAGGUCGGUCACUGGUCUACUCUGGAACAUGCGGCGCAAUGGCACCCAGUGGCAGGUCAAGAAUGUGCCCUCUGUCAAAGGCCUGCAAAAGCAAGGUCGCGUCGAUUUCAUUCUACGACGUUUUGCUGUCACGAUAUCCGCCUACCUGUUUGUCGAUAUUGUCGUCUCAUUGCCUCCGGCUGACCCAGCAAUGGUACACGUCGACAAGGCCGCCCUAUUUCCUCCGCACGGAUUGUCCUUGGAGGAUCUUAUAUUCCGAGCCAUUAUGACGGCCUCGUAUUUUCUCAUGACGGGCCUACUCAACCUCUGCAUGGCGAACGUUGGCGCCAUUAUCUCUGUUGCCACUGGACUGAGCAGACCCACCGAAUGCCCACCCUUGUACGGAUCCUUCGCCGACGCCUACUCGGUUCGUCGUUUUUGGGGAAUCUCCUGGCAUCAGAUGUUCCGCAUCUUUCUGACUGGUCAUGCCAAACUGAUUAUUGAUGCUGUGUUGCCAUUCUCGCGUCAAUCUGCCAUGUCCCGAUAUGUGCGGCAGACGGUUGCUUUCUUAAUCUCCGGUGCAAUUCACUACCGCGCAGAGCAACUAAUGGGCGUACCAGACAAGGAAAAUGGUGCCCUUGUAUUCUUCAUGAUGCACAGCGCCAUCAUCAUAUUGGAGGAUGCUGUGCAACCUCUCAUCUCUGGAAUAUUACCUCGGUCUCUUUCUCGCCCGUUGGGCUAUCUCUGGGUUGUAGCCUUUUUUGUCUGGACAACUCCUCCCUGGAUGUAUCCAGGAAGUAGGCUCGGGAUUGAUCCAGCUGCCCUGCUUCCAUUUCGAGUCUUGGGACCGUUCAUAGCAAAAUAA